UUGCGGCGCACCGCGGCUCAGAAGAGAAGCACUGUCCACCCAGGAGCGGGUCGCAGUUUGCAGUUUGCUCGUGGCCGGUGCGGUACUCAAUCAGCGGGAAGUAAGGAUCUCGAAGGGAGUGUGCCACUGAUUUGACCUCAUUCCAGAAGCCCAACGGGGGCAUAGGGCACCGCGACCACAGGAAGCCGUGAAUCCGUGUGCUGCUCGCUGGCUGCGGAUACCCUCGCAUCUUCAGACGGACGAAGCCAAUGAUUGCGGAGCUACGCUUUCUCCUAUGGCAUCUGGAGUACACGUAGACCAGGCCUUGGCCCAGAUCAAGCAACGCAUUCAGGAACUAUGUGAAGAGUUCGGGGCGAAUGAAGAACCAGUGAACGACGACAGCACCACGCUGAAUAAGUUCUGCUCGGAGCUCGAACAGAUUCUGCAGUAUGGUCAGAAAGACAAGGGACUCGUUCUCAACGUCUCCAAGGGCUACUGGGGCUACUUCUGCCGCUGUCUGGCAAGCGAGAAGAACCUGAAGGGCUACAGCGCGCUCAAGUACGCCAAGUCACUAUCAGAGCUCAAGACUCACUUAGGGAGAGGACGUGCUGUGAUCCGUUACUGCCUCGUGCACCAGUGUCUCGCCGAUACGUUGCAGGUCUGCACGGUCGAUGAGAAGUCGACCAGCGACCACUACCAUGCGUGGUCUCUUCUGCGGCAGCCGGACAAUCUGCAGUCGCUGUUGUCCUCCCUUUACGACCUGAACGCCGUCAGCUUCGACCUUGCUCCCAGCGGGAAUGACCUGGACGCUUCGUGGCCGCUGUUUGCGAGGAAAGUCUUCGGUGAGACCUGGCCUACGUUGAGUCGGUGCUCUAGCAUCUCAAGCAUGUCCAGCCUAAAUAGCACGUACUCCCAGAUGGAGUUGACCUCCUCAUUUUCAUCCGAGGAAGCACGCAAUGCCGCACCAAGACCCCCCUCUCUCGGAGCUGGCUCGCUGCUGUCAACGCCUUCUACGGACGAGGCCAAAGAAGACGCACCUCAGCCAGCCAUGAGAACGCUGAAGAGCCGAUCUCUAUCGCCGAUUGUGUUCAAAAUAUCAUCUCCAGAAGCUUGUAGCGUAACGGCUGCCCCAGUCCAGGCGACCACUUCUUCGCAAACAGAGGGAUGUCUAACUGAAAGACUAGCCGAAGCAGAAGCGAGAGCACUGUCAUGCUCCGAAAAGCUGGAGAAAAUGGCCGAGGAAUGGGGUGUCAAAGAGCAGGCUUGGCUAGAAAAAGAAUCGCAGAUGCAGAAGGAAUUAGAGUCGCUGAGAGCCUCUCAGUCCGGUGAAACCAAGUGUGUUCAAAGUACCUGUAAAACCUGUGAUGAUCUGAACGCGGCAGUAGAGCGACUAAGUGGAGAGAAGGAUGAUCUGACUAUUAAAAAUAAUUUUCUCGCGCGGAAGCUGAACGAGGUAUUGGAGAAGCUCGAGGAUUCCGAAGAAUCCGUCAAAGCCCUGAAGCGCUCCGAAUCGGAUCUUCAGACGAGGAUCGAGAAGCUCAGUUUCGUCAAUGAGGGACUGAAAAAUCUCGUCGAUGCUGUCAAAGACGAAGCCACGAUUCUUCGACAACAAGUCAUCAUCAUGGACAAAGAGAUCAAGAGCAGCCACGAGUUGUUGGAGCAAAAAAAGAUGCAGUGCAAGUGUCUAGAAGACCAGAUGGUUAAGCUGAGGUCGAAAUGCUGCGAAAGCAUCAAUGUGGGCGCCAUCAAAGACAGAGAAAUCGAAAGGCUCGCCAACCUGGUGCGCGUAGCUCGACGAAAGCUAUUCUCCAAGUCGUCUUCCACGCAGCAGGCAGAUACUCCGCUUGAGGAGUCCUCCAAACUUUCCCUGGACAACAGUAUGUCUGACGAAGCGCUACUGAAGAUACUGUCCUCCGAAGAAACGGAAGAUUCUCUCAUUCCAACGAAACAAGCAACGAGAACGGAGAGCUCAAACUGCGAGCUCUUCGAACACUGCCUAAGGUAUCUCGGUUCCGCCAUGUUGCACCACGAGUCCCUGAUCGACAAGGCGAACGCCCGAGUUCGGGAUCUCAUUUCCACAAGCCACAGUAUUAACCUUCAACUGCAUGUAAUGCAAGAAGUGCUCAGCAUGCAACAUCUCAAGGAGGAUGGUGAUUUAGACGAAAAAGACAUUACCGUGGGCAAGGAGGCCUCGGGGCCUUCGGGGGAAUUGGUGCCACCGCGGAUAGAGGGUUGCGACUUCGUGACUUCACUGUUCGAGACCAUGUGCAGGAACCACUCAAAGAUGCAGUCUCUCAUGCUGUCCGAAUCUCAGCUCGAGAGAGAGCUCGCCGACUGCAGGGAGCUCAACAAGCUGCUGUCUGCCAAGGUGCACGAGCAGGAGCGCAAGCUGUGCGGUUUCGUGCAGGAGCUGGACCGGACCAAGACCCUUCUGGCAGGCAUGGAGAACACGCACCACAAGCUUCAGACUGCCAAAGCCGUCAUGAGGUACGAGCUCCAGGAGAAGAAACACCUGCUCCACAACCUGCGGCAGCAGUUGGAGAGCACGAGGGAGAGCUGUGUCAGGGUAAUGCGCUCCAACGCAGAGUCGGAGAUCGAGUGGAGGAACCUGCGAGAAGAGUUCCAGAGCAGGAAGAAGCAGGACAGCCAGGACAGCGGCGUUUCCGACAAUGGCCAGAGCACGCGCGAGGCGUCACCUUCGACUGGCGAGGACUCCUCCGAGCGGGAAGACCCGGAGUCGGUCGAGGACGACGACCGCUCCGACUCGCUCAACGUGGACGAGAUUCCCGAAGAAGGGGGCUCCCACAGCAUUCCAGACACGGUGGCUGAUAUUGAGAGCAAAUACCGCGCGCGCUCUCAGCGACUUGAGUACCUGGAGAAGCAGUGCCAGAUCCUGUACAACAGCCUGGUGCGUAGCAGCGAGCGUAGCAACAGCCUGCAGCGCCGGCUGCACAGCCUGCUGGAGGCCGGUGCCAGCAGCGAACCAACCGCGCAAGCCGCUUCCCCCGCGGACAGCGCGUCCAGCAUUCCACUGAACACUGAGGGUUCCGAGCCAUGCGAAGUUGUGGCUGAUGAAGAGUGUGAUGCCGCGAGUGACAGUGUGUCCGCCUUCUGCGGGGACGAGUGCGACGACGGUGAUUUGCCCGAGAUCAGGAAGAGAACCCUGGGUACCAUAGUGCACAGGAUGAAGCUCGAGAGGUCCCAGAGCGAGGAGGUGAUCUCCAAUUUGCGCGCCAAAAUUGCCAGCCUGGAGGCGGCCAACGAAAAGCUGCACCAGCAGGUGGUCAGCCUUGCUGAAGAAAAGGCGCAGCGGGAAAAUGAAAUGAGGCAAAGGGCGAGCGGGAUGUUGCGGACGGAGCGCAGCCUGAAGAGCGUCCAGAUGCAGGAGAUCUCGCGCGAGCGUGGAGAACUGUUGCUCAGGAACAAGGAACUCGAAGAGCAGCUCGAGCAGAAGGACCUUCAGCUGACGCGAAUCGACCAGAGCCGCCGCCAGAGCGUCGAGAACCAGCAGCUACUCGAGAAGCAAGUCUGCUCGCUCACCGAGCGGCUGCAGGACCAGGCGGCUGCCAACAGCCACUUGUACAGGAAUUACGUGACACAGCAGGCAGUCAUCCAGGAAAUGCGCGAGCGGCUGGAGGAUCAAGAGCGCAUGAUCGAAGAGCUGGAACAGUGUGUCGAGCACCUCAGAGAGGACCAGGUGACAGAGCAGACAAAGUUCGCGCAAGAGAUUGAAAGGCUUCAGCUGGAUAUGGCAUCUAGGGAAGAGGAGUGCUCCAUUCUCAGCGACGAACUAAAGAGACUUCGUGUGCAAGCCGAUGUUGACAAGGAGUACGGGGAUCAGCUGAAGCAGCAGCUGGACCAGAGCUAUGCGCAAGUCGCAUGUUUCGAAGAACAGCUAGCCCAGCUCAAGACGGACAGUGUGGAGCUCAAGAAAAAGAUAGUCAAGCUGGUCAAAGAAAAGGACCUGCUAUGGAAGCAAAACGACAACUUGCAGUUUCUGCAAAAGCUGCAAGCUACUGACAAGUGGAUGGACAACGACGAGACUGAUUGCUGCCUGCAAUGUUCCGCUGCCUUCACGUUCACCUUGAGGAAGCACCACUGCAGGCUGUGCGGCCGAAUCUACUGCAACAACUGCUGUUGCAAUUGGCUCAUGACAACCGCAAGCAGCCGUCCAGCGAGGGUGUGCAACGCCUGUGCAUUUCAGCACCAGCAGCUUGAACGGGCCGCCAGGCAUCCUUCCAUCUGCUCUAACACGUCCGCAGAGAGCGAAGAGGAUGACCUCGGCGAGCUUGCCGUCAGGAGGAAGAAGCAGCAGUGCGAAACAGACGCAACUGACUCGUCAAACGGCUCUCCUGAUGCUGUCUCCAGUUCGCCACUCGUCCAGGGGUCGGCACCCAAGACCGAGGCCAAGAUGACUCGAAACUGGUCCUUCCCUCGACUGCGAAAGCCUCAGUUCCUGCAGAGCAGCAGCAGCUUCACCGACAGCGGCAGCAGCUCGGCCAAGCAGGAGUUCGACAUCAUCAGCGACGAGGAGAUCGCGCGCUCGCUGCUCGCCUGCAGCCCCUACAACAGCUCGCCCAGGACGACGCAGGAUCGCGCGCUCUUCCACACGGGCGCGACGCGCACCCUACAAGAGAUCGCCCAGUGCGGUCCCGCCGGUCUCCGUGGCGAGGUGUGGGUGAACGCUGGCGGACGCUACAGCAUCCCCGUUCUCCUCACGGUGCCCGAGACGGCGCUCUUCUGGCAGUUCAAUUGCGAGCCCAAGAGCAUAUCGUUCGAGAUGCGGUACAAGCCUCUGAACAAGGAUGCCGAGCUGGAGAUGAUGGACGUGAUCCUGCCUUCGGUGCGAGUGCAGGCCGACGUGCAGCCAGUCGAAGGCAACCUCGUCGUCAGGAACGUGGGCGUCUACGUCCUAGUCUUCGACAACCAGCACUCCAAGUUCAUGGCGAAGAAGGUGUCCUACAAGUUGCACCUCCACAAGCCAUGUGCUUCGGACAGUGAUGUGAGCAGCGUGUAAAUAAGUUUCCAAACAAGUCUUCCACGGACUGUUUCCUGUAUAGAUGGACUCCUGUGCUUUUCUUAGACUUGUACAUUUUAUGUAUGUUUUAGCGUGUCUGUACCAUAUUUUGCCAUGACCCAUAGGCUUGUGUAUCAUAAUGUAUCGAUUUUACGCUGAAAGCAAUGUAUCCUUUAAGUUAUUUGUUGACUCGAUACUGCUUUAAUUGUCCAUUUCUGCAUGAUGCUCUUUUAAGUGAAGCCUCGUUAAUUUAAAUUCUAUAUUUAAGAAUGUGACAUUGUAAUAAAGGAUAUUUUCCUACUCGUCUUCACAAA